CACGUGGGGCAUUACAUUUGACACAUAUUCGUUGUGAUUCCAAAAUGGGAUGUCUCGCGAAAGUUUAAAUGUGUAGAUGUGUGUAUAUCUGGACACAAGCACGAGAAGUUUCCCCACCAUGUGUGGUGUGUUGUCAUCUGUAAACCAUGGAUAAGCCUCAAAGAAGAAUUCUGCGCUCUCCAUCAGUUAAGAGAAAAAGCAAAGUCCAGCCAGUACACCAGAGAGUGACACUUGAACGGGUUUUGGGACUGACCGUCAACAAUGGAGCAGCUCUUGCAUGCGACAGCAACUCAGGGACUAUAGCCUACCCAGCAGGAUGUGUGGUGGUAUUGUUUAAUCCACGACGAAACAAGCAGUCGCACAUUUUCAAUUCAAGUAAGAAGACUAUUACCUCCAUUGCUUUUUCUGGAGAUGGCAAACAUCUGGUCACAGGGGAGUGUGGACAUCAGCCAGCAGUUCGUAUUUGGGAUGUGGAGGAGAAAACACAGGUGGCUGAGUUCCAUGGACACAAGUUUGGAAUCAACUGUGUGGCGUUUUCUCCCAACUUGAAAUACAUAGUGUCUGUGGGCACCCAGCAUGAUAUGAUAGUUAAUGUGUGGAACUGGCGGACAGGAAACAAGCUGGCAUCAAACAAAAUCUCAUCCAAGGUUUCUUCAGUUGCAUUUUCGGAAGAUGGAAGCUAUUUUGUUACUGUGGGCAAUCGCCACGUCAAAUUUUGGUAUUUGCAAAGCAGUAAAUCAAAGAUUAAUGAAACAGUUCCACUGCAAGGACGUAAUGGACUCUUGGGAGACAUGAAAAACAACUUUUUCUGUCAGGUAGUGUGUGGACAGGGAAUCACUACCGGCAGUACGUACAUCAUCACACAGAGUGGCCUGCUGUGUGAAUUCAACGACAAACGCUUGCUUGACAAAUGGGUAGAAUUAAGGGCCACAAAUGCUAAUUCAGUGGCUGUUGGUGAUAAUCACAUAUUCAUCGGUUGUGCCAAUGGUAUUGUGCGGGUGUUCAGUGCUCUGACUCUACACUUUGAGGCAACUCUGCCGCACCCUCACAGUCUCGGUGUUGAUGUUGCUUCAGCCACAGAUCCAAACCAAGUUAUUUUUCCAAAAGAAGAUGCUAAGUUUCCAGAUACACUGGCUGUAGUGUAUGACAGUGAUCACAAAAAGCUGACGUGUAUUUACAAUGAUCACAGUCUGUACAUUUGGGAUAUGCACAACAUUAAGAAGAUAGGAAAGGCCUGGUCGUUCCUCUUUCAUAGUUCUUGUAUUUGGAGUUUGGAGAAGUACCCAGCAUUUGAUCAUGACAAUGCUCCAUUGCCUUCUGCAUCUUUCAUCACUGGUUCAAACGAUGACACGAUCCGGAUUUGGAAUCUGGAUCCACAUAUGACAGACAAACCAAACUGCAAAAGAAACAUUUACAGUAGCGAAUUACUGAAGAUCAUCUACACUGAUCCAAGUUAUACAUUCCUAUGUGAUGUCGAUUAUAAUCCAGCUGGAGCUACAGACAAAACGGAUACUAAAUACGAUGGGAAGAACGGCAUUCGGUCUCUUCGUGUCAGUCCUGAUGGGCGGCACCUGGCGUGUGGAGACCAUGUUGGCAAUGUUAGGAUAUAUGAUGCCAGCUUCAUGGAUGAGAUUACUAUGAUAGAAGCUCAUGAAGGCGAUGUCCUCUGUUUAGAAUAUUCACAUUCUGAACUUGGUCCAAAGAUCCUUGCGUCGGCAAGUCGUGACCGACUGAUCCACGUGUACGAUGUGGAGCAGGGCUACGGGAUUCUGCAGACAUUGGCCGACCACUCGGCCUCCGUGAGCUCCGUCCGCUUCACCUGGUUCGACAACCAGCUCAAGAUGCUCAGCUGUGGAGCAGACAAGUCACUCCUCUUUAGAAAUGCUGUCAUGAGUCCUGACUUCCAGUUCACUCUCGACCAGCACCUUGUGAGCAAGACGACACUGUAUGACAUGGUGGUCGAUCCUACCAUGAAGUUCGUGGCCACAGCAUGCAAUGACAGAAAUGUCAGAAUCUACAACAUCCGCACUGCCAAACAGAAGAAACACUACCGUGGUUCUGUGGGAGAUGACGGCAUUCUGUGGCGUCUCCAGCUGGACCCGUCAGGGACGUACUGCGUGACGAGCUGUACCGACAAGAACAUGUGUAUCAUUGACUUCUACACGGGCGAGCUGGUCGCAAACAUGUACGGGCAUUCGGAGAGCAUCACCGGCAUCAUGUUCAUGAACGAUCUCAAACACAUCAUAUCAGUAUCAGCUGAUGGGUGUGUAUUUAUUUGGCGACUUCCACUAGACUUGACGAAGAAUAUGAAAGAUAGACUAGAGGAAAUGGGAAAAGUUCCAAAAGAGGCACAGUUUAUUAAUGAUCUCAGAAAAGAAACUACAAUCAUUCCAAAUCCAGUGAUGCUGGACCAUAUGAAUCACAUACAAGACGAAUUUCCCGUGAAUCAGUUCCAGCCACCAGCUGAGGUGUUGAAUAUUCUUGAGAAGGAGAAACGGGAGGUUGAGAUCCCAAAGGAGGCCAACAUGAAUUUUAGGUUCAGUGUGGGACAGUUACCAAAUUGGGCCAAGGCAAAGAUUGGUGAUGGAAGUACCGACAGUUCGGAGUCUAAGGACGAAGCUGUACAGCCACGAGGGCGCUGGGCACAGCGAGCAGAACAAGGCAAUGUGAAGUCACAGCUAGACAUGAAACAGUUUGAUGCAGAACAAGAUCUGCGACGAUUUGCUUUUGAAGCAAAUUCUUUACAGAGCCAGUUGUCGGAGUUGAGACGAGAAACAGUAAUAUUAUCAAAGCAGGCAGGAGCCCCACAGGGUAUUUCCGUGCCUGUUAUAGAUGAUGAUGAUGAGAUUAAUGUUGAUGAUGAGGAUGAAUUUAAACCAUUAUUCUGUGCUGACACAAAGAAUCUCUUUGAAACGGCCCCUGGUAGAACGUCUCCGGCAACCAGCAGAUCAGACAUCAAAUGGAACAGUCGAUUUGGCAUCCGGAUUGAUCGCCUACAGAGUGUUGAAGACACAGAGUCCGAUGACCUUGACCUGAGGUCCGACUCUCCAGAAGUGAUCUACUAUCCUCCUAGUGAAGUCGAUUCUGUCGAGUCGUAUUCUACCUCCUACCAAGUGUUCAACUUACCUCAAAAUGAGUUAACAACCACUCAGAGAGCCAAUCUCAAAAAGUACCAAGAAACCAAUUUGGAUGAUGACUCUGAGAGCACUGAACCGGUAUCCCUGGAAGAUGAAGACGAGAACGAAGACACACUGGGCAGCUCGGUCCCGGGAACACCGUCCGACUCUGAUAAAGAACUGUUGGCUAGAACCCCAGACAAGGAAAAAUUUGUGAAAGACAUGUUUGAAACUCCCACUUUUUCACCAGUCCCGAUGGACAAGUUUAACAUGGACAUGGAGGAGGCUGAAAAGGAGAAAGUCAUGACAUCAUCACCAUUUGCAUCUCGACUGAGCAUCUCAUCCCGAUUCCUGUCUCGGGCACAACAGAUGAAUAUCAGAAAUAUGUCCGUGUAUGGCAGCGUACAGAGACAAGACCACUGGUUUAAUCCUCUGCAAAAGAGCAAAACUGAUAUGGCACGAGCUGUUGAUGAGACGAGAAAAAGACUUCAAGCUAUGGGUUGGCAUUCCGACUCCGACAGAGAACAACCUAAUGAAGACCCGCCGUCACCACCCACCAAACUGGAUGUCACUAAAUCUCUGUUUUCUCAACCUGAAGACAAGCUCACCAUUCCUAAACCGUCUGUGUCUCUCACUGAUAUUUCUUGGGACCAAGACAAGACAUCAAGUGAAGAUCAACUUCAUUCAGCCUAUAACCUACGCCAUUCGGAAUCCGCCGGCAAGCUGGACUUGAAGCCGACCCGAGAUGGCUCAAAGCAAGCUUCAUACAUGAGGCCGACCAACAGCUCCAAGGCGAAGAUAUCGAGAAGCUCCUCGUCCUCCUCCCUGCCGCUGUCGGACCACAGCGCUGGCGGAGGCAGCAACAACUCCGACAGUGUCAGCAAGUCUUCCUCGCUGUCAAACCUCAACCCAGUCAAGGAGUACAGAGCUGAACCGAAGUCGGGUUCGCCCGUCAGGAAACACGGCAAAAAGAGACUGUCUGCAGCGAAAAUUGCCUUGUACGCAUCGACUCCAAAUCUGGCUGCCUGUAACGAGGAGGAAGAGGAAGAAGUUGAGAAGCCCACCAACCUGAUGUCGCUGGCCGACCUUUCCCGCAGUGUGCCUGACAUUAAUGACUUGAACGACUGCACCAGUUCGUCUACAGAAGGUAGCUCGGAUGACAAGAGACAGAUGGACAGUGUGUACAGGAAAAACCGGGACUCAUCUGGGUCAAGGAGACCCAGUGCUGAGCGAAGGAAAGCCAGUAGACAGUCGGAGCCCUUUGUUAAGCCACUGGACUAUGGGCAAAGAAAGAAUUCUCUGAACAAGUUGUCUCAACAAAAGAAUUUUGUUUCUUUGACUAAGCCGAGUAACAAAAUUGUGAAUGCUCUGUCUGGGAAAUGCGACACAAAACUAAUGCCGCCCCCUUCCAAUGUGGGUCGGCUUAAACGUGACAGUUUGAUGAAAAGUGCUGCCCAGGCUAAGAGAAGGUCAACUACAGAGUUGACUCUGUCCCAGGCUAAAGACAUUCUCAUGGGCAGAUCGGGCAUUCUUAGAAAGGCCAGUCUAGGUAGCUCACAAAGUUCUGGUAGUAAUGGGCCUAGUCGAAACUGUUCAGAUGUCACAGUUGUACCCGAGACACCGUCACCUGUUGACUCCCGCGGAUCAUCUACAUCUUCAGACGUCUUCAACCCAGACCAUCAGUACCCUGGCGCUGGCAUGUUGGCUAUGGCCGAGGCGAUAGACCAGACAGCCACGGAACUGAGGAAUUCCAGAAGUCUGGAAGCCAGCCCUUCCGAUCUCCCAGAACGAGAUCACCCUGUGAAACGCCCUGCUAACUCCUGUGCAAAGAAACACUUGUGUGAUAGUGAAACCGAUCCUGGUUUGACCGACAGACGGAGGUCUAACACGGCUGAAGACAUGGACAGCACCGUGACGUCCAAGCAGGAUGGUGACUCGGACUACCACUUGCCCAGUGUGCGUGCGCGGGUCGCUCAGUACAUGUCGCUGAGCAAGAGUGUGGAGGACCUCACCGAGACUCCAGCAUCUCCGGCUGCUGUCCGGUUGAACACGAAGUCUCCACGAUCUGAUACGGGUUCGCCCACGCCCAGUACACACAGACAGGGGAACGUUAAAGUUAGUCCUAGGAGCCAGUCCGACACGGGCCUUGGUUCCGAAGUCGACACAGAUUCUGAAAUCAAACGUUCAAGUGAAUCUCCUUCCCAUCCUCGGCAGUCACUUGUUAAUGGGCACCAUAAUACGAAAAACAGCUUACCAAAUGAAAGGGCCUUACCCAGUGUUGCUGACCGCACCAGUCUUUCAUUACCACUGAACCAAACAGAAAAUCUUCAGUCUUGUUAUGUUCUUGUUGAUGAUCUGGAUGAGAUUGUUUUACGAUCAAAAGAACUUUAUAGAAAGGUAUGUGAUGAGAAUUCCAAAGACAUGAUUAAGAUGUUAGAAAAUGCUUUCACCAGCACGCAUGAAGCUUUCUCUAAUAUGGCGUCUUCAGUCCCUCCACUUUCCAGUUCACAGACUUCUAAAGUGGAAGACGAGAAAGUUGUUGCAAAAGCACUGGAGAUGUUUGAGCCCAUUUUGACCCAGUUUGCCAACAGCCUCUCCGACAAAGUGCUAGACAUGUCGGACCAAGUGACGGACAUGAUUCACGAGAAGCUAAAUCAAAGUUCGGUUCCCUCGCACACGGUCCCGUCAGAUUUGUAAUAUACACAUAGUAAUAUAUUCUUACUAGAGGGAGAGAAAACCCCCAACUAUUUUUGUAAUAUUCAGUAGGAUACUACGAAAAACAUGUGACCAUUAUAUUGUGAUAUGAAUGAUCCAAAGCAGAGCUUCAUUUUAGAAGUGUGCCUUUGGUCAGAUGAUCAAGUGUUUUCACAAUACUUUUAAAUAAAAGUUCUUUCAUUGAUUCAUUAUAACUGGGAGGACAGAUCGCAGAUGAAAGAGUAUAUCGAAGAAAAGAAAUUCAUUGAAUAUGAAAUGUUUUUGUGUUGUAAUAUUUUACUGAAGAAGUCAAAAGAACUGCAUGGCAGACUGUUCUGUACAAGUGCUGUCCAGGAACACGACAUGUAGCUGUAGUGGACGAGAUGAACAGAUAUCAUCCAUCUUCCGGUUCUGUUGGAGUUUAACAAGCUUUUCUGUUGUGAAUCCUUUCACAUGACCUGCAACUUUUUGCAGACAUUUUUUGUUUGUUUAAUGUUAAUAUUUAGUUUUUGUCACAAGUUAUGUGCAAUAUCUGUAAGAAGCUUCUGUAAGUGAUUACGUACUCUAUGCAUUUAAUACAUAACCAUUGCAAUAGGACAUUAUUGUAUACACGGCUGCCUUAUGUAAACAUUUCGUCUUGUAUAUUUUUCUACUACAGUGCUCAAUACAUGACAUUACUUUUUAUAAAGAAAAAUAAUCACUUCACCAUCAUGAAUAUCACAGGAAUUUAUAAAACUAAUGUUUUUAAAUAAUUUACUUUCAGUCACUCGGAUUCAUUUUUUCUUAAAUCCAUGAUAUUAGUUUGUUUUUGGGUGUUUUUUUUGUCAGUCAUUAACCUGACCUCCAGUCAUAAUGCAUUCUCCCCACCACUCAUGGACUGGUCCGUAUAUCCCAAUGGUGAAUCAGAUGGCUAUAAUCUACUAUUAUAUCAUGGGUACUUAAUUUUAGUCAUGAUUUUUUUUUAUCUGCAUCCACCCUGUGUUUAUUUUUGGUAUUCCAUUUCUUUAGUGACUGCUUUUUAAUUACACUUUAUUUAAUUUCUUUAAGUCUUUUGUUAUAUACUUCAUAAAUUUUUAGCCUCAUUUUGUUUUUCACAGCUGUCAUUUUAUUAAUAGAGGUAAUUUUCUUCUGUUUGUGGAGUGGGAUUUAGCUCAGUCGGUAGAGCACAUGGCCUGGUGUGCUAGGCUCAAAGGAUUGAACCUCCAUUGGGUACCCCCACCUCCCAACCAAUGCUUCACAAUUGUACAUCAAAGACCAUGGCAUGUGGUAUCCUGUCUGUGAAAAUGUGCAUAUAAAAGAUCCCUUGUUGCUGACUUACCAAAUGUUUGAUAACCAAUAGCCAAUGAUUAAUUAAUGUGCUCUAGUGGUGUCGUUAAAAAUACCACAACCCAAAACUCAUUGUGGUGGCAAAUGCCAUAUCCAAAGUGUUAUCCAAAAGCAACAGUGGUUUCCCCAGCUAUGAACAUAGACCCGUUUGCUUUUUUUUUUUCCAACUAUGAUUGGCAGUGUUAUGUUUGAGGAACCAUUGGAUCACUUACAGUUCGUUCCAUAAAUAUUGAACAUAUUGGCUAAGAUACUUAAAGUUAAUUUUACUGGUGCACAAGUAUGUCCACACAGACAUAAACACACACAUUUGCCUUACCAUUUCCUGCCUUUUACCUGUUUCAGUGUACUCUUUACUGUCAUUCCAUGAUAGCCAAACAGGUUACAGUAUCUGGACCUGGUGGACAUCACCACUAAGACAAACGUAGAAGCAGGUAUCCUAGACGAGGGUUUAGGCUGAAGCCCAUAAAAUAUGAGCAAUUUGCAAAUUUGCUAAGAAAAUAUAUUUCCAAAUUUAACUUUAAUUCGCAUUUGGAAAGCGACAGCUUGAGACCUGCUAGACAGAAUGGAAGUUGUAGCGAUUUGAUUGAACCAGUCCAUGUGUAGUGUGUGUACGCUAAGGUUAGAAUUUGGGUUAAGUAUUACCUAGUUUCUCUGCAUUUCCUUUUUGCCAGUCGUAAUUGUAAAGAAUGAUGAUUUAAGAAAAACUGUAUAGUCAAACUCUCCUAAAAUGGUAGGUCAGAUUACGAUGAACCCAGUUCUGUUUUUCUUCAUGUCUUUUUUUAAAACAAAUUGUAAAGAGAUAAUGAUAAUGAUGCUGUUUAUCCAAUUGUGUGGUUUCUGGCAGAUUUUGAAAUUUGCUUGAUAACAAGGCUUAAACCGUUUUAAUAUGUAUAUUGUGGCUUUGCACAAGCAGUUUAUUAUAAUUAUUAUGUUACAUUCAUUCAGUCUUAUUGGUUAUGGUAAUUCAGUCUAAAAGUCACAGACCCUGGUUUCAGCCUGUCAAAAUGGACACCAGGUUUGGUUUUCUCUACAAUCCUGUAGAUAAACUUAAAAUAAAGUUAAACAAGAGUUUGUGAGGUUUAAAUGGGGAAAUUCUAUUAGAAAAAUAGACUGGAGCGUAUUUCCAUUAACGUGCUUUCUAAAAAUAUGAAAAAUGCAUUGUGGUAUUAGAAAUACAAGGAUGAAACACUUUGGAUUGUACAUCCAAACAUUAAAAUCAAAGUACUGGGUAAUGUCUGAUUUCAAUUAUCAAAAACUACUCUCAGUAGUGAAACAUAUGCCACAAUGUUUAAAAAUUAGGAUCUAUCACUUUAAAGGAUUCAGUACUGUUUUAUUGGUUGUCUUAUUCAGUUGUUUUGUUGUGGUUACAGUACGUUUUCUUAACGAUGAUUAAACAGCAAUUCAGUCUUUGACCAUGCCAUAUUUGCUUUAGUUAUAUACCGUAUUGUUCCUAUUUGUAGCGCUCCCUCUAAUAUAAGCGCCCCCUAUGAUUACGAGAAAUGUAUCAUGAAACGGUACCCGUAAAAUAGUAAAACUGGCUUACCUGACUGCCAACUUGCAAUGAUUAUAAUCAGUAAACAAAUAAAAUCCAAACAGGUGAAGCACUACGACACUAGUAUGGGCGAACAGUAUGUCACACAUGUCGUUUAUCAAAUGUAUGUCGCUGUUAUCUCUACGCAGAAUGAACGCACGACACUCUGUUAACGCUGUUCAAAACCGGUAGAUAUUUACACCAACACCGUUUAAAAAACGGGUAAAUGAUAACUUUAACUAAACUGCUGAAUAAAAAUAUAUUUGGGUGACAAAAUGAAGUGGGCUCAAUCACACACCCCUCCCCACUUUCAAAUACACUCCGCAGGCCCUAUAUGCCUACGUGCACAGUACCAUGUAUUUCGAUAAAUCAGCUGACGAUGUACGGUACGCUACGUCAUUUCAACAAGAAAACGUCACUGGUGGAGUGACUCGGCGGCAAAGCUUUUGAUGUCUCAGCGAGCCAGACGCAUUGACAGUUUGAUACGAGGAUUUUUCACACAUAUUACGAAACGUGUUCUAGUACUCUAAUUAGCGCGCCCCCUUUGUGUUUUGCAUCGCGCCCGGGCGCUACAAAUAGGAACAAUACGGUAAAUGUAUUUGUUUAGUGCUUGGAAACAUUUGAAAUUAAGCCACAUUUGCUAUCAUUUGUAAAUAAUGGUGCCAAAUUAUUAAACUUAUUUCAUUAUGGCAAGAUCCCUUUUAUCUCUCCCAGUUCAGAUUUAAGACAUUGUAUUACAUGUUAUUAAAUAACUGACAAUGCCAAAAAAAUAGAUAUCAGACGUAGAAUCUUUUAGUUAAUGGUUAAUGUUAAUCCAAUUAAUACAGGCCAGCGAGACUGAAUUAAUGUAACCAGUCAGGCCAAGCAGAACUGCUGUUAAACCACUUGAGACUUGCUUAGUGUAACUAGUAUGACUGACCAUGUCGAUCAUUAUUCUACUUUUGUUUUUAUCUUGCAACCACCAUUGGUACUGACACGGUUAUGGUAACUUUCACGUAACCCGAUUAGACUUGUUUACUUCAUUUUCAAUUGCAUGUUACAUCCGAAUUACGGGGUACAUGUGAAUAAAGUAUUUGGUGGUAAACAACAAAACUUGCAUGUUUUAAGGAUCGUGAGUUUAUAACCUUUUUAUUUAUGUGAAAAAGUAUCAAGAACAAAGUUACGACUUUUGUGUCAUAGUAAUUUUGAUACUGUAAAAAGCUUAUUUAGCUGGUAUAUAUAUACAAAGUGGAGACUAAAAUGAUUUCCUCUUUUUGUUGGGUUGCAGGAUAAAAACAACACGUUAAUGCUGAGAUUAUUGGCUUUAUCACAUGCAGGAUGAAUGAUAAGUCCCACUCUGUAAACCUUGCAGAGUUGACCAGUUUGUGCUCACUGUUGAAUGCUAAUGUUUUGAUUAUACUCUGGUUGUCUUUUAUUUUUUAAACUAGCAAUUUACUCAUUUUAAAAUCAAAACAAGUACAGAGGUUAUCUCAUUCAGAAUAAAAUAUUAUCACAUUUUCAUUUCCAAUAAGCAUUAAUUCAGUUCACAUUUUGUUCAUUACUUGACACAUUUGUUUUUCAAGAAUGAUUGAAUAUUUAAGGACAUUCAACCACGAAAAAUACAUCAUCUUUUGGUUAUUAAAAAAAAAAGAGGUAAAAAUAUCAAUGGGGUUUUUCAAAUGACAUGUAUUAAUCUGCUCAUCAGUAAUACAUCUAAACAAAUAAAUUUUCAAAAAAAAAUGUGUAAUGGAAGCCAUAACAAUGAUGAUUAUUAUGAAUCUGCCAUUGGCAUAUUCAGUAUCAUAUCUGCACAAGACAGAAUAUAAAAGAAGUUACAACAUAAAUCAAUGCCAGGUGCUUUGUCUGUAGGACAUGUACCAUGAUAUACUUCUAUAGUAUGUGCAAGUACAGUUUUCAAAAGCCUUUCUAUAGUUUCAGUCAACAAUGGCACAUCUGAAUGUGCAUAGAAUAAUAUUUCAACAAGGAACUGGAUAUAUUUAAAAGAAGUAUUUUGAGGGGAAGCCCCUUUUAAUAAUGUGGUUUUGGGUACAAACUUGUCAUUAUCACCAUGAAUGCAUUCUAUUUUGUUAAGUCUGAAUGGUUAUAUAUAUAUCUAGAUGAGCCAUAUUGCAGAUCAAUCUAAGACCAUGCCACAAAUAUAGAGGUUGGGUGAAAACACAAAUGCAUUUCUCUGACAUGUUUCCCUAGUCAUUCUUUAGAUGGAAUAUAAUUCAAUGGAGAUAAUUAAAUGGUACAAAUUAUGUUUUAACCCUGGGUUUCCUCUAAUGGCAGUUAAUUUGAUUGAAUGAAAUGUGUAAACAUGUAUCAUCAGUUAGUUUUGAGAAAUCACCACUUAAGGCUCAGUUGUUCAGUCAUUCAUUUCUCAACCAGUUGUGGACCAUCUCUCUCUCUCCCUCCCCCCCCCCCCCCCCACCAAAAAAAGAGUUAAUUUAAAACUAAGUGGUGCAACCUUUUCAAUUGCCAUAGGAAAAUGUCUGUGGCAAAAACACAUGCAAUGGAAAAAAAAGAAGAAGAAAAAAGGAAUAUAGUCAAAAAAGAGCUGAGGACAAUUAAGUACUCCAUACCGCUGCUGAUUGCCAUGGGCAAUUGCAGUUGUAAAAAAGAGAAGAUAUAGUAUUAUAAAUGUAUAUGUAGAGGUCAGACGAAACAAAUCGGAAAUAACGUUUGUGAAUUUUGACAAGUAGGAGAUAGAGGAACAUAACAGUAUGAGUUAUGACGCAACAUUAAAAGAUUCAGAAAGCCCUGAUUAGCUUCAUCUCAAGUAAUUGUGGCAAAAUCUUUGUCAUGAUAUACCUUGUCCUGUGGGUCCAGCGGGUUUUUGCCAUUUCAACCAAUGUGUAUGUAGUAGCAACAGAUUUUCUCUUGUACUUCAGACCAAUUGUUCAAAUAUGUUGUACAUCAGAUACCUGUAUUUUAUUAUGUACUGAAUUGACAUCAAAUUAUGUGUUUAAUUAAACUAACCAUAUUGAACAACUGGGCCCUGGUGGUGACUUUCUUUUAAUUGUGUACCAGUAUAUUGUAAAUGUAUUUAUCCGGUCUAGGUACACUACAUAUUGUAUCAAGAAAUAUUUUUUAUGCUCGAACCACUUGGCCGGCUGGUGCAUGUAGACAUCUUGUUCAUAUGUGAAAACAAACAAUGAAGGCAGCAAGCCUAAACACAUUCCAUUUUGACAUAUCUACAAGACGGUUAAAGUAAAAUAAACAUUUAUAGCAA